AUGAGGAUGAGAAGGGCAGUAUUGAUGAUAACUAAUGUUAUGUUCAUGGUGGUCGUCGUAACCAUGAAUGCUGCUGUUGAAGCCAAUCGCAAAGAUGUCGAUAAUGUCUUUCCGUUGAAGAAAAUAGUGAUAGUUAGAAACAGACUCAAGGCUCAGGUGAAGGUGCACUGUAAGUCAAAAGAUGAUGAUCUCGGAGUUAGGGUGCUGGGAUAUAAUGAGAGUUUUCAUUUUAAAUUUUGGACGGCGUUAUUUUUCAGAACCCUAUUCUAUUGUUCAUUUGAAUGGCCCGGUAGCAAUGGGAUCCAUUGGUUUGAUAUUUAUGAUGACACGAGGAAUCAUAAUGACCCUAAAACUAUUGAAUGGCUUGUUAAACCCUUUGGAGUGUGCAUGUAUGAUAUAUAUAGUUUGCGAUAUGAUAUAUGUACUUCUUGGAAAAAGUAG